AUGAAGUCUUUCUGUUGCGUUCUUUUGAUUACCUUUUUCCAUAGCCAAACGGCUUCUUCCCAAUUUCUGGAGGAACACUGUGGAACUUCAAUUCGACCCAAAAUUAACGGUGGCACAAACGCAAAAGAAAAUGAUGCCAGCUGGAUGGCAGCCAUAAAAAAUGCCACGCAUUUUUUGUGUGGCGGAACGUUGAUUCAUAGAAGCUGGGUUUUGACUGCAGCACAUUGCUUGAAUAACGACUACAAGCUAUUCGUAAAUUUGGGGGCAUACAAAAAGAACACUCCCAUCGCCAGACACCAAGUCAGUAAAUACAUUAUGCACCCUGAAUUCAAUGGUAGGCUGAAUGAUAUAGGCCUGCUUAAACUAUCAAACAGAGUCGAGUACAAUGCCCAUAUUCAACCAAUUUGUAUUUUUUUGGAUAAGAAUAUCAAGUCUCAAGUAGAGAAUCUAAAAACGUUUAAUGCCUUUGGCUGGGGCCAUAAGAACGGCACUGAAAGCGAAAUUCUUCAAACCAUCAUUCUGUACCAGAAAACCCUUCAAGAGUGCAACAACGAAUUCAAGGUACCUCAUAGAUGGAGUCAGAUCUGCGCAGGAAGCACGAAUGGCGACACCUGUCUGGGCGAUUCUGGAGGUCCAUUGACAACUAGUAUAAGCAAUGGUCAAAAUAAUGAUCUUGAAGUACAGCUCGGGAUCGUAAGCUACGGGAAUUAUUCCUGCAAUGGAUUGGGAGUGUAUACCGAUGUGACAAGCUUCGUCGAUUGGAUUCAGACAACCAUUUAUAAUUAUGAUGCCCCAAACGCCCGACAACCAACCCCAGGAGUCCCAACUGUUCCUGUGGUUCAAGUGAUUCCUCCGACAGUUCAUCCAGUGGUUUAUCCGGAUCCGGUUCUACAAAAUUUUCCGUUACCGAUGUGGAAUAGAGGCUGCAGUGAAUAUAACAUGACAUCGGUCUUGCGGCCUACCAUUUAUGGACCUGGUUUUGAGGGCGUCGGCGUGCUUAUUACAGAGCAAUUCGUCGUCACCAUUGCCACGGACUUGCCAGAAAAUGCCGCCUCUUUAGAUGUGUUAGUAAUGAUGCAAGAAAACUAUGCGGUAUUCAGAGUUGACUCGGUUUUAAAGCACCCAAAAAAUACGGAUGGUUUCAAGAAUGAUAUAGCACUACUAAAACUGAUUGGAGCGGUGGAUAUCAAAGAUGGCAUCAAACCGAUUUGUCUAGCAAAUAUAGGGUUCUCUGACGAGGCUUCACCAUUUCUUUUUGACCAAGCGACAAGUAAAGGAUUUAGCGUUGGGCUCUUGAACAGCCGAAUGUGUUCAUAUUAUACCGGAUCCGUUAUCGAUGGAACUCAAUUUUGUGUGGAAGUUCCUCCCGAGAUAGGUCAGUCCUACCAGAAGCGUGGAGACAUUCUGGUAGCACCCAUGAGUACAUAUGGUAGAACACGUAACUAUUUGUUGGGAAUUUAUAGCUAUUCAUCUGAAGGCAUUCUUGUAUUUACAAAUGUUAUGAAAUUUACGAAUUGGAUCAUUGCUACCAUAAAUACGGAAUUAAGUGGUCAACAUUUCGCUUAUUUAGUUUAAUGAAAUCCGGAUUGAUCAGAUCAUGUAAUCAGAUAUGAAGUAAUUUUUUAAAAAAAUGCUUUUUCCUUAAAUAAACAGGUUUAUUUUUUAA